UUUUUCUUAUUUUUAAACUUUUUUUUCGCAGGGACCCCAAUUCUCCGGGAUUGCCCUUUUUUAGACUAAAUAAUUCGAUUGAUAAAAUAUUUUUACAGAAAGCUGUUUUGCCUCCAUUGGAUGUGUGGAAACGUGUCUUGGAUCGUGGCUCAUUCCGGUUUGCCUCGUUGGAUGUGACCAUCAAGCGUCGUGGGCUGUUCGGGAUUGAACGUGCGGUGUCCUAUGGUGUUUCUAUCAACAACAACGCAAAGAAUCUGCAAUGUUCGUGUGAAAUGGAACUUUGGCUCGGUAAAAAUCCGUCUUCCAGAGUUGCUAGUCUUAGAUUGGGGACGCGCGAUACUUGAAGCUGUACGUGGCAGGGCUGAGGCUUCUUACGAAUCUCAUCAUUGUUCACCGACUGUUCAUUAUCGACCCACUACUCCAAUUCUCUUCGAAAACAGCACUCAGACAGAUUCUGUGUUUGAGGAGCAGGCAAGUAUUCCUUUCUAA